AUCACCUCCAUCUCACUGUCAAAAUGCUCCUUACCACUUUCCAUUUUCACAAAAAAGCCCUAACUGUUCUCCCAUCACUCUAACCUGUUACUCUACCAUUUUCAAUAUUAUUGCAGACCAAAAACCACUGUUUCUGUCCCUUUUUAAUUAUGGGAGAAACAAUUCACCCAGUCCCUUCAAACAUACAUUUUUAGUAAACAAAAAACCAUCAUAAAAGCGCCUUCAAAUAAUGUUUUCUAGGACUGAUCAAACAUAGGCCGGCUCUUCCUCAAAACUGUGAAUAAAGAAAGCCCUUCAUCAUCCUAGCCUUUCUUCUUCAAUUCCCCUAAGCUUUCAUUUUGCUGGGGUUAUGAAAGUAUGAAACCCUAGUUAUAUAUGAUGUUUUGUUUUGUUUUGUGUGUUUAAGAAUCAUAAGUGUGUUUAGGGGGAAAAAGAAAAAAAACCCAGAAAAAAAGACGAGAUUUUGAUGGAUUCAUUGAAACGAGAAGUGGAUUUAUCUAAAAAUAUGGCAAUCAACGCUCCCAUGGCGAAUACCACCACAAUGAUGAUGUCAUCGGCUUCGUCAUCGGCGGCGUCGUCGGCGGCGGCUAUCUCCCCGACCACGGCGGCGGCUACCCUAAGCCGGUACGAGAAUCAGAAGCGGCGCGACUGGAACACGUUCGGGCAGUACCUGCGGAACCACCGGCCGCCGCUCUCGCUGUCGCGCUGCAGCGGCGCGCACGUGCUGGAAUUCCUGCGCUACCUCGACCAGUUCGGAAAAACUAAGGUUCACACCCCGGUCUGUCCCUUUUUCGGCCACCCCAAUCCGCCGGCUCCCUGUCCUUGCCCGCUCCGCCAAGCCUGGGGCAGCCUGGACGCCCUCAUCGGCCGGCUCCGAGCCGCGUACGAGGAAAACGGAGGCAAGCCGGAAGCCAACCCCUUCGGCGCCCGAGCCGUCCGGCUUUACCUUCGUGAAGUCCGAGAUUCCCAAGCCAAAGCCCGCGGAAUCAGCUACGAGAAGAAGAAGCGAAAGAAGCCGCCAAGCCAGCCGCAAUCCUCCUCUCCAGCUGCGGCUUUGCCUCCAUCAGCCGCCGCCACUUAAACUCUCUUUUGGAUCGAUCUAUGAUAUGAUGAUUUGAAAAAAGGUUAAGUUACUACUACUUCAUAUGUAAGUUCCUAAACAAUUUCAAUUCCCAGAUUUUUAGCAGUAAUACCUGUAUGUAUGUAUGUACUAUAUAUGUGUAAUGUGUUGGUCCAAAAUUGAAGCUGUGAAUAGUGGCAGCUUGAGUUAGACUUGGAAUUUCAUGAUGAUGACUAUAUAAAUUGGAGUAUUUUGUUGUGUAUUCA